AUGGAUAUGUCAUCAGCAAAUGUGACACUUAGUCCUCAUGAUAAGUAUGAUAGGCAUCAUCUAUCAGUUUGUGACGUGGCAAGUGCUGAGGAUGACGUGGAACCAUUAGAGCAAGGGGAAGACUCUAGAUGGACAUAUGAGUCUAGACCCGAUCUAUAUGAGAUCGGUGAUUCAAGAUACACUCGCCAUGAGAGUGUGGAUUGGAUCAAGCUUCAAGCUAUCUUAGGAAGUUCAUCUCCCUCUCCGACUCAAACAUAUCCUCUCUCAGCUUCUUCAAGGAAUCAAUCGAAGAUGGAUUCUUCCUCACCUCGUAAUAAAGUUAACCAAGAUGAUUCAGAAGAUGAUGAAACUCAGGCAAACGAAGAGGAGUUUUUGACACCUCCUACUACCGCAAAUAGAAACAAAAGGAAGAACAAGUCAGCUACAAGUCAGAAUAAGAAGAAGAAUACAAGUACAAGGUCAAAAGUUUGGAAUCAUUACACAAGAUUUAAGGAGAAUAUGAACAAAUGCACCUGCAACUACUGUGGUAGAGUUAUGUGUUGUGCAACGUCCAAUGGCACUACCUGUCUGAAGAAACAUCUUGGAAUCUGCAAAGAAAACCAGGCAUGGUUACAAACCCAGACUCAGACUCAGCAUACACUUAAUGCUGAAAGUGAAGAUGAUGGUGGUCAGUUGAAGCUUGCAAGAGUUUCUAACGAAGUUGUAAGGGAGGCUACUAACGAGAUGCUCGUCAUAGCUGAGUUGCCACUAUCAUUUGUUGAUGGUUUAGGAUGGAGGCACUUCUGCAACAAGGUCAACCUACCUAAGCCACAUUCACGCAGAACAGCAACAAGGGACAUUGUAGAAUUGUAUGCAAGGAGGAAAUCAGCUUUGAUGCAGCUGAUCAGUGGCAACAAGCAAAGGGUUUCUUUAACAACAGACAUUUGGGUUGCACCGAGUACAGCAGCUAGCUACAUGGUCAUCACAGCACACUUCAUUGAUGCGAGCUGGAAGCUUAGGAAAUUCAUCAUUGGUUUUAAGCAUGUAGCGGAUCAUAAAGAUGCAACAAUAUGUUCUGUCUUGAUUGAGUGUAUGGCUGAAUGGGGGAUAACAAAGGUGUUUACUAUAACAGUAGACAAUGCCACUGCAAACACUAAUGCUCUGAAGUUGUUUAGGGAUGCAUUCAACGCUUUAGGACCUGAGUUCUUAGUAUUGGGAGGUGAGUGUCUGCAUUUACGUUGUUCUGCACACAUCAUUAACUUGGUUGUGCGAGAUGGUUUGCUAGAGGUGGAUGCGAGUGUGUGUGCAAUUAGGAAUGCCAUACAGUAUAUCAGAGCUUCUUCUAAGAGAGUUGAUGCAUUUGAUCAGAAGGUUGAGUCAGCAAGGAUGACAAGAGGUAGCUUGUCUUUGGACUGCAAGACACGAUGGAAUUCAACCUAUCUUAUGUUAUCAAGAGCUUUGAAGUUUAGGGCAGCGUUUGAUAGAAUGGAAGUUGAGGACAAGCUGUACAAUGAUCACUUUCAAGAGAUUGUGGAUGGCAAGAAGAGAGUUGGACCACCGACUUCAGCGGAUUGGGAUAAAGUGGAAAGCUUGGUGAAGUUCCUGGUAAUAUUCUAUAACUCUACUUUAGUUGUCUCUGCUUCCAACUCGCCUAGUUCCUACAAGUGCUACAAUGAGAUUGUCACCAUAGAAAGGAAUCUGAUUACAUUGGGUACUAGUACGGAUGAGAAGCUUAGGACAAAGGCUUUGGUUAUGAGAGCAAAGUUUAAUAAGUAUUGGGAUGGUCUCAAAGACAUUAAUAGGCUGUUGAUUGUUGCAAGUGUCUUUGACCCGAGGAACAAGAUGAAGUUUGCUGGUCUUUGCUUUGAAAAGCUUUAUGGGAAAGAUAGUCCACAGAGUAAGGUGCUCAACGACUCAGUCAUUGAUGUUAUGGAAAGACUCUUUGAUGAGUACAGUGGCUUUAGAGCAUCAAAUACAACUCCGGUAUUUGGUUCAUCGUCUCAGUCUCAGAGUCAUAGUGGUCAAGAGUCACAAGAUGGGGUUGCGACUGAUUCUUUCGAAAAUGAGUAUGGAUAUGAAAGGAUGGAUUCUCUGUACAAGGAGAUGGUGAACGAGUUGGGAUUUCAGGAUUCAAGCACUGAGUUGGAGCUGUACUUGAAGGAGAAGGUAGAAAAUCCUAAACCCAAUCCUCUAGGAAUUCCGUUUGAUGUUUUAGGUUGGUGGAGGAACAACAGUUCAAAGUACCCGAUCUUAGCUGCCAUAGCUAAAGAUGUUCUAGCUAUGCAAGUCUCUUCAGUUGCAUCAGAGUCUGCCUUCAGCACUAGUAAUCGAAUCCUUGAUCCAUCCAGAAGUUGCUUGACCCACUACAUGAUUGAGGUCCUCAUGUUGAUACACUAA